AUGGCUUCAGAAAAGGAAAUUAAAAGAGAGAAAUUCUUGAGUGUUUUCCCUAAAAUAGUGGAAGAAUUGAAUGCAUCGCUUUUGGCUUACGGUAUGCCAAAGGAAGCCUGCGACUGGUACGCCCAUUCAUUGAACUACAACACCCCAGGUGGUAAGUUGAACAGGGGGCUGUCUGUCGUGGACACCUACACCAUCUUAUCCAACAAGACCAUUGACCAAUUGAGCCAAGAGGAAUACGAAAAAGUUGCCAUCUUGGGGUGGUGUAUCGAGUUGUUGCAAGCCUACUUCUUGGUUGCUGAUGACAUGAUGGACAAGUCCAUUACCAGAAGAGGCCAACCAUGUUGGUACAAGGUCCCUGAAGUCGGCGACAUUGCAAUCAACGACGCCUUCAUGUUAGAGGCUGCCAUCUACAAGCUUUUGAAGUCCCACUUCAGAAGCGAAAAAUACUACAUAGACGUGACCGAAUUGUUCCAUGAAGUUACUUUCCAAACCGAGUUGGGCCAAUUGAUGGACUUGAUCACCGCACCUGAAGACAAAGUCGACUUGAGCAAGUUCACUUUAAAGAAGCAUUCCUUCAUAGUGACUUUCAAGACCGCUUACUAUUCCUUUUACUUGCCUGUUGCCCUAGCCAUGUAUGUUGCCGGCAUCACCGACGAAAAGGAUUUGAACCAAGCUAAGGACGUCUUGAUCCCAUUGGGUGAAUACUUCCAAAUCCAAGAUGACUACUUGGACUGCUUCGGUACCCCAGAACAGAUCGGUAAAAUCGGUACAGACAUCCAAGACAACAAAUGUUCGUGGGUCAUCAACAAGGCUUUGGAACUUGCCUCUGCAGAACAAAGAAAGACCUUGGAUGAAAACUAUGGUAGAAAGGACUCCACCUCAGAAGCCAAGUGUAGGAAGAUCUUCAACGACUUGAAAAUCGACCAAUUGUACGAACAAUACGAAGAGUCCAUUGCUAAAGAGUUGAAAUUGAAAAUUUCUCAAGUCGAUGAAUCCCGUGGUUUCAAAGCCGAUGUCUUGACUGCGUUCUUGAACAAAGUCUACAAGAGAAGCAAAUAA